AUGGCCCCCAUCAAUUUCACAGAGGAGCAGCUACGCAGCUUGCAUUCUAUUCCAACCUACGACUACAUGAUGGCAUCCCAAGAAGCCGCCGCUACGGCCAACAGCACCCAGGAGACUACUCCUGUCACGACCUCCACCGACGCCUCUUCCCAGGUUGACUACUUUGGCCAGUCUUCCCAAAGCUCCACCACCACCUCGUCGCGCACUUCGGUCGAACUUCAGCUUCCGUCUGUUACCAGCGCUCCCCAGAAGAGCAAGGCCAAAAACCCUCUUCCGCCUCUUUCUCGCGAGUUCCCCAAGCCCACCGAUAAGAUCGAUGUUGAGGAGGCACUCGCCCGCAAGCCUGGCCGCUGGUCCAUCAAGGGCUCCCUUGCUGCUGGCAAUGCGCGUGUUGCUCCUGUCAUUGACGAGGAGAAGGAGAAGGCUAAGCGCAAGCAAGCCCUCGAGGAUGCCAAGAAGAGCCUCUUCGCCGCUAGCGAGUCGCUCAAGUCAACCCCUCUGCCGCCACGCACAAACAACUUUUAA